UGAAGAAAAAAAUUAAACAACGAUUCUUCUGAGAAAAUUAUUAUAAAAAUUAAGGAUUCGAUGAAGAUAAAAACGUGAGCAGAUAAUUGUGCUAUUGAAAAACAACGAUCGAAAAUUGACGUUAAUGUUGAUGUGAUGUUGAAUGACUCAUAAACAAAAGAAAAAGAAAAAGAAAAAAGAAAAAUAAAAAGAAGAAAAUAAAGUAGAGGAAGGGGGAAUAGCAAAAAGAAAUAAAAUAAUACUUAAUAAAUAAAAGUUAAAAUAUGAAAAAAAUAAGUUCACCCGAGGAAUAUAAGGAAUCGGAUAUGGAUGAAAUAGAUUUGCAAGAUAAAAUGAGGAUGAUCGGUGUAAAAUCUUCCUCACCUACUAGUCUCUUAGCAAGAAACACUCUGUUGCUACCGAGCGGAGUAGUUAAUGUCAAACAAUUAUCCAAUGUAAGUUCAACGAAUGACACUGGAUCGUCCACGAAGUCUUCUGGCUCGGCGACUGGAAAUCCAAGAAAUAAGACAGCAUUAGCACCAGGUCACAGUGUCAUGGAUUGGAUACGAUUAGGUAAUUCAGGAGUGGAUUUAACUGGAGUUGGUGGAAUUCCACGUACAGUCACAUUAACUGAAUUAGCCAAUCAUAAUAAGCAAAACGACGCGUGGAUUGCAAUAAGAGGAAUAGUUUUCAAUGUGACACGUUACAUGGAUUUCCAUCCAGGAGGAAUUGACGAAUUAAUGAAAGGAGUUGGAAAGGAUGCCACGAAAUUGUUCGAUAACGUUCACGCUUGGGUAAAUUAUCAAAGUCUUCUUCAAAAAUGUGUCGUUGGUAGACUGUGUCGUUCUUCGACUUCAAAUACAUCCAAGACCAAUGGAAAAUCAUCUAUUGCAAAUGAUCUCUUGAAAAGUUGCACAACUCAAAGUACAAGCGAGGAAGAAAAAGAAGAAGAAACCGAUGGCGGUGUUUCAAAAAUUAAGAUGGAUUGGCGUCAAACGUCUAACACCAUAACUUUGUUUUAUCAAAGUAUAGACGAUUAUCAGGGUAUCUAUUAUCGUUUAUCGAGGAUAAAUGAUACCAAACUCGUUUUUAAUUUAUCUUUUGAAAAAAAUAUUGUAACGCACGAGCUUGAAUUAGCUGGAGAAAUCGAAUGGCCUCCUACUUGGAGUAGAAAUUAUGAAAACAUGGAAGUAGAUUUUACGUUCAAAAAAAAGGAUAAAAUUGUUUGGAAAACUCAAGGUAAUCAUACCUUAUCACGAGAACCAAUAACCAAUAAGAGAACUUAUAAAGGAUACGAAGUCCUAACGAACACACCACUUUGUAAAUUAGUUCACUUGUUAGUUUUACGAGCUAAAGAUUCGUUAGAAUUAAUACCAAUCGGUAGACACUUGGAAGCAAAAAUGAACAUUGCAGGUGUUGAGGUUUCUAGAUAUUAUACACCUGUACCACCCUGUCUUCACCCGGAAAACACGGCACCGAAUUACACGUCAGAUUGUAUAUGCCUGAUGAUUAAAAGAUACGAAGAUGGUGCUCUUAGUCCAUCUAUAACAGCUUUGAAAACUUCAGAAAGUAUCACGUUGAGUAACGGACUUGGUAACUUUAUCGUUGAAUCCUUUGAUCGUUUUACCGUCAUUCAUAUGUUGGCUGCUGGAACAGGACUAACAGUGAUGUUAGGAAUAAUUCAACGAUCUCUUGCAAGGCGUCACGUGAAAAGUAUCAAUCUUUUAAACUUCAACAAGGAUGAAGAUAACAUGUUCUAUGUAGAACAAUUAGAGAGAGCUUGCAAUACAAAUAAAUUAAAAGUUACGCAUAUUCUAUCGCAAGCGGGAGAAUUAUGGAAUGGUAGACGUGGUUCGAUAUCUGAUGAACUUUUGAAAGAAUUAAUAGGCAAUUAUUCACCUGACAGUUGUGUGUUUGUUUGUGGUCCUAAAGGAUUCAUGGUUUCCGCAAAAAAAUGUCUUCAUAAUUUCAAAUGGAAGUCCUAUCAAAUACACGAAUUCGAUGAUUGAGAUAAUCUUAAAAUUUGUUUUUAUAUUCCAAGCUCGAUCAUUGAAGGAAGAAUUUAAAAUUUGGGUUUAAGUUAUUGUACAAAUUCGUUACGGAUAAUCGAAUGUGUUGAGGGAUUUCAAGAAAGUCUUGUACUAUCCAUCCCUAAAAUUAUAAACACAAAUCUUAGAGCUUAUUAUUGCGAAUAAGGAAUUGAAAUUAAUAGAUAAAUCUAAAAAAAAAAAAACAAAGAAAAAGAAAGAAAAGAAAGGGAAACGCUUGAUACUAAAUUUGGAUGCGUCGUACGUUUAACGUACCUGUUUCAAUCAAUUAAACUAAAUUUUGUUAUUAGACGAAUUUUGUCUGUCUUGUACGAGCCGGUUUAGUAUAAAGAAAUAAAACAAAGCGUUUCUAAUUCGGUUAUUAAUAUCUACAAUAAAUAUUUGUCGGAAAAGAAUUAUGAAUUUUUUUAGUAUUCGCGUACUUAGAUUCGAUGUAUUUACAUGUAUAGACAAAUAUUUGAUUAUAAUUUCGAAAGAAGAUGAUAAAUAAUCUUCUUAUUAUCUUAUUUUUCUCUCUUUUUUCGAUUAAUAUCAAUGAUAAUACGUUGAUCGUCGCGUAGUCCAAAUUUGGGCGACAAUCAUAUUUCCGUUCAAGGUUACGUAACCCAAAAAUCAGCUAACGUUGUUUUUCAUUCAGUUUAAAUAGAUUUUCUCAAGUAAUUUGCACACAAUUUUAUUUAUAGAAAAAUAAGACAAAUAUUUAAUACCGUUUAACAAAUAUAAGUAAAUUUAUAAGUAAAAUAAUAUUACUUCAACAAAAUAUGAGAGCUUCGAAAUGAAUCGAAUCGAAUCGAAUAAACGACAAAUGUUGGAUGUUUGUUGAAAUUUUAAAACGCAUAGGUUCCUAAAUGAAAAAGAAAAAAAAAGAGAGAACUGUCUUACGGAUAAUUUUCAAUACAUGUCUUCAAAAUGUAUACAGGGUAAAUUUUAGCCUUGAAAGGAAAAUUCUUGAUCUACGCGUUAUACGAUCAACGUGUUAAGCGAAUUAUGAGUACAACUAUCUUACUUUGAUCAUAAGUCUGCAAGUUUUACUAUUGUUCGUUAAAAAGAAUAUUUCCAUCCAUAUCUGUCCUGUCACAAGAAGCAUUUAUACUAAACUGAUAAAAACAUAGAAUAUUAUUUUCUAUAUCUUAUAAUAAUAAUAAUAAUGUUUAAACGUAGACGAUAGAUGAUUCUUUGGCUACAUUCCUUUUUACUAAAAUCUAUCGUAAGUUAUAUCAAACGCCAAUCUUUUUCGAAGUGUCUAUUUUACCGAAUAAUAAUUUUUCUAUACUAUGCAACCAAACAAACUAACCGACUGUAAGAUAAACUGAUAGUUCAAUUUUAGCUGUGAUUAAAAUGAAAUUACACAAAUGUGAUGGAUUAUUAAAGAAAGUCUUCUUCAAAGUAAACAAAUAUUACAACAGGAAUUAUUAUACAACAUUAAUAGAAACAAUAACGCCCGAUAUUUUUGGAUAUAUGAAUUGCAAGAUAUAUUUAAGUAAUGCAGAAUAUUUGUGACAAUAUUAAAUAAUUUGUUUUUUUUUUAAUUAAUUCCGAGUACGGAAAAUGAUCAAUAUGACUAACUGUAAAUAGAAAAGAAUUAAAUAUUUAAAAAAACUCUAUUACUUGAAAAUAUUAAUUUAUAAGAAUACUGUUUGUACCAUAAAUUCACAUAUCGUAUGGUGUUAAAUAUUUUCAUGGAUUUAACCGACACUAAACGUGUAUACGACUCCGAUAGAAAAUAAACACGUAAUCAAUGA